CUAUCAAAACUCUAUCUCGUUUGCUCUUUUACAGGAUUCAUUGUUUCCACCACCAUUGCCACACUUCAUAAUGCCUUCUCACGAGACAACGCCGAGUCCAGAAAUCUACGGCCCCGGAACCUUUGUGGACAAGGACUUCCUCCCGGCGCCACAGGAUGCCGGCCGUAUCUUUGAGUACAUCGCCAAAAGCACACCUGGGUUCACUAAGAACGAGGAGCUAUGGAAGACCGUCAACUUCAUCGGCAGCGAACUGCCCGUUAUCCCCGGCCCAACGAAGGCACCUCUUGUCGCCGCCGCUCUGCACGCCAUGUGCGGUAUUGUCGCCCACGAGAUCGUCGAAGACCGUGACGGCACCGCAGCCAGUUCCCAGAAGGUGACCGUGAACACCGACCACGCGGCGAUCUGGCUGGGGACGAUCUUCGCGGCGGCCGUCGAGGGAAAAGAUAUGACCGAGCUGGUGCGAUCGCGGAAACUACCCACGCUCUUCGAUCGUGAUUUCGAGAAAGGCUGGCAGGCCACCCCCCUCAGACAGCGAUCGACUGCCGUCUACAAGACCAAGACCCCCGGGGUGUGGUAUCAGAUUCACGGCUCCUUGGACGCGGCACCCGUCCUGAGCGCCCUGGGAAUGGACCCCGAGUACCCGGCCAAGACGCCGGAGGAAGCGUACGAGUACAUCGGCAAGCAUGUCGAGCAGUGGACGGCGGAUGAGCUGGAGAUGCUGAAUGUUAAGAACGGGUUCUGUGGUAGUAUCUGCUUCACGCCGCAGGGGUGGGCUGAUACCGCGAUGGGAAAGAGACUCGCUGAGCACCCGCUGGUCGGCUACUCGCGUCAGUCGCAUGCCAUCCCCACUCCUCCUGUUCCUUGGACAAAGGUUGCCGAUGAUAAGCGCCCGCUGGCAGGGGUCAAGGUGGUGGAGCUGGUCCGGAUUAUUGCUGGUCCUGUUAUCGGCAGCACGCUCUCAGCACUUGGUGCCGAUGUUAUUCGUGUUAACUGCAGUCGUCUGGUAGAUCUUAACGUGUUGCAACUUACCUUGAACGCCGGAAAGCGCACUAUUGAUAUCGAUCUCACCAAGGAGGACGACAAGUCGCGGCUCCGCGAACUCAUCAAGGACGCCGAUGUCUUUGUGCAAGGAUUCCGCCCCAACGCCAUCGCCAGAAAGGGUUUUGGCGUCAACGAUCUCCUCGAGAUGGCCGGCAACCGCGGCAAGGGCAUUGUCUACGUCGAGGAGAACUGCUACGGCCCCGACGGCCCGUACCACGAGCGACCGGGCUGGCAACAGAUUGGCGACGCCGCUUCCGGCUCCUCGUACGUGAUGGGCCGCUCCCUGGGCUUCACAGACGGGACCAGCGUUCUGCCUCCGCUGCCCAUCUCCGACAUGACGACCGGGCUGGUGGGUGCGUUGGGAGCGCUGAUGGCGCUGCGGGAUCGCGCACGACACGGCGGCUCGUACCGCGUGACAAGCUCGCUAGUGAAGGCCGACACGAUAAACCUGGAGCCGGAGAUCGGGCUGUACUCGCCUGAGGCCGUGCAGCGGAGCAAUGAGUUGUUCAAGUGGGGUCACAUCGGGCCCGCACAGUUUGUGACGGAGAUUUUGCUGCUGGUUAUGGAUGGCUGGAAGAGUGUUUUCCCGCAGUACUUCGAGGCUGGGCCUGAAUCGCUCCUCACUAGCUUUCAGGAGGGGCCGUGGGGUCAAAUGGAUCUUCUGAAACCGGUGGUUCAGUUGAGUGAUGCCAGUCUCACGCCUCGCUGGUUGACGCCUGCUGUUCCGAAUUGCUAUCAUGAUCAGAGCAUCGAGUGGCUGUGAAUGCGUUGAAGUGGUGCUAGAUGGUGUCAAGCCGGUCAAUAAUUCCCGGGAUAAUGGACGUGUGUGACUGGAAUUUGCAUCGUGUUUCAUUAAUGUCUCCUGUAUGAUAAUCGCGAGGGUAGUUCG